GUUCACCAUAUUUUCUUGUGUGUGGUGAAUGAAUACCAAACAAAACAAAGAGCAAGUAGGAUGUUGAACUUUUCAAAAAUCCUAUUUUAAACAUUCGCAAUGCCGUGGUUUAACAAUUUCAUACCAGAAUCGAUAAAAAAAAGUGUCUGUUCGUGCCUGAUCAAACGUUACUUGAGUCAUUUCAUAGAAAACGAAAUAACGCGAGAUCAGCUAAACUUGGAUCUGUACAAUGGACGAGCCACAGCAGAAAGAAUCAGCCUUGCAGUCGAGGCGCUCAAUGAACUGGGAGAAAGCCAAAACUGGCCUAUAGAGUUUGUUGACGGAUACAUCGAGAAAAUCCAUAUAACAGUUCCAUGGACAGCUAUUUUCAGCGAUUCAACCGAAGUGGAAAUAUGUGGUUUGAAAAUUACUGUCCAACCAAAACAACGAAAAGAAGAUGCAACUUCCAUGUUCGAAUCGAUGUGGAACUCCAUGACAAGUUCAAUGCACCUGGCAGAGGAGUUUGCAAAAGAAGAGGCCGCCAAAAAAGAUAGAAAUACUCCGGCGUUCGAGGGCAUAGAGUUGUUCGCCCAAACUAUUGAUACAGUUGUGAGAAAAGUCAAAGUGAAAUUUAUAGAUACCAAAUUGCAAAUUGAACAUUUGCCAAGGGAAAGUGAUAAAGGAGUUGGGUUACUUAUAAACAUAGAUUUGAUGGAAUAUUACGAUGAUUAUAGCACUGACUCGUCCAACGAUGAAGAUACUUUGGAUCCUUCCAAACCGGAUUCAAAAAAAGCUUACCUCAUUGACGCUUUCACUACUAAAAAUAUAAUUUUUAAAGGCAUACAACUUUCUACAGUUGAAUUUUAUAGCCAAGAUAGAACCGUUUCUAGAUCUUUGAUUAGACAGGACAGCAGAGACUCUUCAAAAGAAGACGAAGCAUUUUUUGAAACCACAGAAGCCGAUUAUGACAAUAAAGAAACUGAAGAUACAGAAAGUUGCAGUGAAUUAAAUAAUGAUGACAGUCUUAGGCAUGUUAUACUUUGCGGUAAAUGCUUUAGCAAUCAAGAGGUUAAAAUUCGUCUAAAACAAUCUGAAAACAUUUUCGGGCCAAAAGUUGCAAUAGAAUUGAAUUUGGGAUCACUUAUUCUGUUUUUGUCCCCGAGACAGUUUCACAUAAUGCUCGAAUUAAUCAACGGAUUUUCUAGUCCGGAUUUAGAAGACAACAGCAACGUCCAUCACAAAAAUCGUCCACAACCGAGACCGAUGACUGCGAAAGACUAUGAAAACGUUGAAGAACAACUCGGAAAUAUAACUAACAAUAAAUUCCAUCCGUUUAAUUUGUUACAUGGUCAUGGGUGGUCCACUGGAGACUUAGAUGAAAGUACUGAUAGCCAAUAUCUUCCAAUGCGAGAAGCCAAUAAUAGUGCCAUGUAUGAUAGCUCAAUGAGCGGUUUUAGCAGUUCAAUGGAUUCUAGUAUAACUUCUAGUAUGAUCAGUUCAAUGACUGAAAAUACACGUCACAGAAGAAAAGCCUACAAUAUCAAUGCCGAUCCAACUGCGGAAAUAUCCCACUUCCAAGUACGUAUUGCCACCCUUGCUGUAAUACUACUUCAUGAAGAUUUGCUAGCAAAUACUACGGGCAAUGAAAAAGUGUUGGUGUGGCAAAUGCAGUCUCUUGUUGACAAGUUUUUCAAAAAUAUUGAUUCAAGUACAUUCACCGGAAUUGUUUCUGAUGGGUUUGAUCAGGUGCAUAAGUCACUGCAAAAUGCUUGUAGCUUAAAUCAUUUAAGGUUGCUUGCGUCGCCAUUAAAGUUAGAAGCCAACGAAACAACAACUUCAAGCGCUUUCUGGAUAUCUGGUGACCUCACAGCUUCAAAAUUUGAAAUAUCCGAAUGCCUUUACAAUAGCGGUUUCAAGCAAGUUCCCAUUAUAAACUUUCGAUCUCCUCAAAUUGCUAAUGCUCCUAGCUUUGCGAUGCCAAAUUUCGGGCUUAAAUUUAAACACUUGCAAAGAUCAGGAAAAAAAGCUGGAAUUAGAAGGAAUGGACCAAAAACAGAAGUUUCUAUAAAUUUGGAUCAAUGUGCAGUAGAAUUUGACUUGUCAAUAAUAGAUAGAAUUUCGUGUUUGCUCAAUCAUCCUGCAAUAUGUGGAACUUCAAAAAUGGACGCAUACAAAAGUCAAAUCAACCCCUUGCCAGAUACAUCGGUGAUAUCUCUUCAGGAUUUGAAAAUAUCUUGUCCCGAAUUAAACUUCAAAAUAAGGUUUCCAAUUCCAGACUUUAGACCUGCAACUGAUAUGAGUAAACCGCCUUGGUGGGAAAGAAACGUCCGGCCUGAUUAUUUGUCACUAAUUCUUCACGAUGCCAAGUUUCAAACAACAUUUGAAACCGGCCAAGCUUUUAAUGAAUAUAUUGUAGAAUGUAAACAUAUGGAUGUUUUUUACUAUGAAAGUGAAAGCAGUUGCGGUUUGCAUAUAGCAAAAUCCGGCAAAGAUGAAGCAUAUUUGAGCACAAUACACGGCAGUUCAACUAUGACCAAAUUGUCCAUUCAAAUUCAUCCAAAAAAGCUUGAAGAAGAAGACAUAAUCCCAGACAUCAUGGCCCACUCAUUUUAUGGCGCUUUCGAGAAUCAAGGCAAUCCCGAACCCGGACCUUUUGGAGUUAAAAAAGUAGUACACGAAAGUGACACGCCUCAUAGCACACAUCGAAAACAUGAAUCGGAGGAGCAAGUGAUUCCUGGAGACUCGGCCGAAUUGAAGAAUUUUAUUGAAACAACAUCGUCGAAUGCACAAAUAUUGGUUCAAUUAACUUUGCCAAUAGUAUCGGUACAGUUAGAGUCCAAGCAUGUCUAUGAACUGAUUUAUAAUAGGAUUAAUAACGAUUUGUUAUUGUGGAAAUCUCAAGCUCCAAAACUUGCAGCCACUAAAAGUCCGCCGUAUAUGCAAUUUUCUGAUUUGGCUUUGGAUCAACAGUUUAUGGUAGCUAAUAGUGGAUAUCAUUUGGAAUCUGACAGCGAAUCGGAUGAAGAUGACAAUAGCGCCACCAAUAUAUUUUAUUCAGCCUACGGGAGUAAAAUGAAACGCAACACAGCCAAAUCCGUUAUUGAACUUCAAAGAUGUAAUAGCCAAAGCGAUUUUGUAAUGUCUUUGGACAUUUUCGAGGGAAUGUUGAGCUUGAAUCCUCCUGUUCGGGAUGGUACAAGUAAUGUAAUUCCAGGUCAACAAGGAGAAUUGUUACUUAAUUUAAGUAACGCCAAUGUGUUCAUUGUCAGUGGGUAUAAAGGAGAUUCAGAUUUAGGUUAUGUUUGUGUUCAAGUGAACAAUGCUCAAUUACAUCAUUGUGAUAUUCAAUCAAUACCAAGCACAAAUUUGCCAUUAAGAGAUGUAGGUGCCAUAUUGGGACAUCAGUUAUUUCCUACACUGUACAAGUCCGAAGAAAAAACUUUGACCUGUUCAAAAAGUAGGGGCGGCGAAAGGGAAAUGUUCACUGUCGCCUUGAAAAUUCAAGCUAACCAUGAAACGCAUCAUGUUAAAGUUGUCACGGUAUCUCUUGGCCUUAACCAGGCAACUUUACGGCACAAAAUGGGCCGACAGCCCAACUCGUGGAUCUCACAUAUUAUUGACUUUUUCAACGCCAACGACUAUCCUAUACCUGGUUAUGUUGCUAAGGACGUACUGACUGAACUCCAUUUACAUUUAUGGGACUGUGCAAUAGAUUAUAGGCCUCUUCAUAUGCCUCUUAGAUCAGUAAUCACCAUUGGAAGCUUUAGUAUAUCUUCGCAUUUAACUGCUGUAGCAAAUACCUCAACCUUAACAUUAAUGUUUGAGGAUUGUGGAUUGUUUUUAAGCGAAAAGGCCCCACCCAGGGAUGGCAUUGCUUCUAAUGUUCGCGUAGAUUUGCUAAAGGAUUAUAUCAAUGUUGUUGAAAUUGCUUUGUUUGAAAUAAGCAUCAAAACGACAGAUAAGCAAAGUGGCAUAAAUCCGCACAUAGACCUGCGCACUUCGAUAAACAUGCUAAACAUUAGGACUUGUUCGGACAGCGGUCGCGCCCUCUUCCAACUUUUGACUUACUACAUAAACGACGGCGAUUUGAAUCCAGAGCCGCAACCUGAAGACAAUCCUAGUUUGGGUUCGAAUCAUGCCAUGGAAGAGGAGCUGCUCAGUUUAGAGCAACAGGAGGUUACUCUGAGCAAAAGUCAACAGGAUCAAGUCAGCGAAUUGUUGGAAGAAGCCUUGGAGGAAAGUCCAAAAAGUGAUAAAGUUGGCCCUUCCCAACUUCAGACUGGUGCCAAGCUGUUUUACUUCCCUGACGAAAAAGAGGCGCUAGAUGAUCCCCCCACUCACAACAUUCCCCAAGUUACCGCAGAUUUGGGUGACAUAAACAUUUACCAUUUUGGCGGAAACGAAAACGAAAUAGACGAAGAAUUUUGUUUUGUCGGAGACGACGCCGUGUUUCCCAAAGAUGGCGUGCCAGAGAUUACAUGGUUUAGUCAGGACGUUAAAAUUGUGGAGAAUCACAUGUCCAAACCGAAUGCAAAAAAAGACAUAUUGGCACCUCCGAAAGAUUUUCCUACUCCAGUUACCCGGUACACCCUCUGUGACAUGUCCGUAGUUUGGCAAAUGUACGGAGGCAGCGAUUUUAAGAAGAAAGAAGACCUCAAUAAAAAGGAGGUUCGAUUUGUAGACAAACAACUCGGCGAUCGGGUGACCUUUUCCAACACAAAAAAUAAAGUUACUUUAGGCCAGGAGGAAGGUAGCAGGACGAAAGGUCUGAGCUGGAUACAGAGAGGUGGCGCUAACAGGGAUCAUUCGGUGUUGAUGGAAUUACAAUUGAGUAAAGUUAGAUUUAGUUAUGAACUGUACCCAGAUACGGCGCGACAAGCUUCCAGACAAGUUUUGUCCAUUAACGACGUAGAAAUUCGGGAUAGAUUAGCCUCUAGCCAAAUCAAUAAGUUCCUUUAUCAAUUUUCUAGUCAUUCGCUUCCAAAGCAGUCUCAUUCGAACAUGGUCUUAAUAAAAGCAUUACACGCAAGACCAGAUCCGAAACUCAAACGAGAAGAGUGUGACUUGAAAAUUUCACUUUUACCAAUCAGACUGAACAUAGACCAAGAUUCUCUGUUUUUCCUGAUCAACUUUUUCAAAGAACUCAGUGGAGAGCGUGCAGUUAAUCCUACCGAAGAAGCUCCCAAAGAAUCCUCGAUGCAUUCGACUCCGACGCAUCAUCCACCAAUCAUGACAGUUUCUAUUGACAAUGAAGAAGAAAUUAAGCAACAAGCAAAGCAGGUGGUCAACGAAAAUCUUAUAUUAUUGGAGAGUCGAUAUCAUGUCGAACCUGAGGAGAUUAGCGAGCCCACUGUUGUAACGGUGAAUGAUGAUUCCCCAAUAUACUUUAGACAAGUGGAAUUCUUAAAAGAUGUUCUCAUUCGAUUGGAUUACGUUGGCAAAAGAGUGGACAUGAGCCAUGGCCCGAUUCCUGGACUACUAAUGGGUUUGGGCUAUUUAAAUUGUUCAGAAUUCAGACUGAAAAGGCUGGUUCACAGGCACGGAUUAUUGGGUUUCAAUAAAUUAGUCGGAUAUUUGCUGCAGGAAUGGAUAACGGACAUUAAAAAUAAUCAGUUGUCUAAUAUUUUGGGUGGAUUCGGGCCUAUGAAGGCGGUUUUACAACUAUUUCAAGGUGUUAAAGAUUUAUUCUGGUUACCAAUCGAACAAUACCAAAAAGACGGUCGAAUCGUCAGAGGCCUACAACGUGGUGCUAAUAGUUUUACUACUUCCACUGCUAUGGCAGCACUGGAACUUACCACCAGGUUAAUUUAUUUGAUUCAGAUAACUGCUGAAACAGCCUACGAUAUGCUUUCUCCAGGACCAAGCAUAAGAAUGAAGAGACUUGCAAAACGUAAAGGGCGAAGGAAAAGGUACCAUCAACCGCAAGAUAUUCGAGAGGGGCUUACCAAUGCUUGCAUGGUGGUCAAAGAGGGUAUCGGUGAAACCGCCGACAACAUCGUCCAAGUAGCGGUUUCGGAAAAGGAACAGAAAGGCAUUAGCGGUGCCAUAGGCGCAGUGAUGCGUCAAAUUCCAUCGACAAUCGUAAAACCGCUUCAUGUCGGUGCCGAAGCUUUGACUAACGUUUUGGGCGGGAUGCAAAGUCAGCUGGUGCCGGACGCCAGAAGAGAAGCCAACGAAAAAUGGAGGAGCAAUUUAUAAAAAUUACAAAAUAUUGUGGUUGUGAUACUUAAAUAUAGUUUAUAUAUGACGAAUGAGUGGUUUAUUGGCGAUUUUUUUUUAUCUGUUUAAAAUUUGGGUAGUUCAAAAAAAAAUUUAGGUGUAUUGAAAAUUACUGAUUGUUUCAAAAAGUUCAUAUUGGAAGUGAUUCUUUUUUUAUUUAUUACUAUAUAAUAUAACUUGUUAUUGUACAAAGUUUGUAAGAUUUU